UUGUAGUUCUUAAAACUGCCCGAACUAGUUCGGUAGAAGUGCAUGGUAGUUGAUCUGAAAGUCCGUUUGGGUCUAACCUCAAAACUUCGUGCAUUUGGCGUUCAUGAACGCAAAAACCUCUGCUGUAAUGUCCACACAGAGGGGCGAGAAAAACAUUUUGAGUGAUACAAAGUCCUCGAGUGGGAAUAUGGAUUCUGUACGCUGCAACUGGAAUGGGGCAAAAGGGGACCAGAUAUCCACUAGGUCCAAACCCAUGUCAGACACUUUAUCCAAACUGGCUCAAUUGAUCACUUGCAUGGAGUAUAAACCAAAACCUCAGACGUCUUCCUCCAUCCGCAAGGACUGCGGCCACGAAUUCUCGGAACUGAACGACCUUGUGCAUCACCAGGAAAAAGAGCUUGCCCUACAAAAGCUCCAUUGCUGUCAACGGUGUGGCCAAAAGUUUGCUUUGCUCUCUAGUUUGCAGCUACACAAGUGCCCUGGUUCCUCAUCUAUGUGCCAGACGUGCAGAGGGAAACCUACAAGGAGUUCUUCGUGCCCUUCCUGCGGGAGCGAACCUUCAGGCCCACAUCGCCCGGAAGAUCCCUUCAGUCAAGACAACAGCCCCUACGCGUGCGCCCCAUGCGGACAAGCCUUCAGCCACAAGCAAGAGCUGCUGCACCACCAGCAGGCCGGAGGCUGUCAGCCCGCAAAAACUCUCAAACCGCCCUUGCCACCGUCUCCGAGCGCCAGCGCGUCUCUUUCUGCUUGCACUGUGUGUUCCAGAACGUUCCGUUCUUCUGCUGGACUCGCCUGCCACAUGCGCUUUUCCCCCGCACAUACGAAAAGCAGCGUGAAGACGACGAAAGAGGAACACCUUCGCAGCAGGAAGAAGAAGAAGAAGAAAGUUCUCUCAAGUAAGUUGUUUCCAUGCCGUUCCUGUGACAAAUCCUUUCCUAAGACAUCACUGCUCCACCGGCACAGGAAAGAGGAACACCGUCGUGAAAUAAAGGAGAAAGCUCUGAGGAAGGAGAACUCUGAGAAAGCUCCCAGGCGAAGGCGGAAAGGUGAGACGUAUCCGUGCCUUGGCUGCGGGAAAGAGUUCCUGCACCAUCUGACGCGCUGGGCGCAUUUCAAACACUGCGCCUCUCCCCGUGCUGACGCAGCUCGGUGUGACCCGAAGGGUGCAAAGGAUCUCAGACCUUCCCAAGAAAAUCGACCAAGGAGAGGUAGGCCGAGGACCAAAAAUCUGACGGAAACCAAGCAAGAGGAAGAAGUGGAAAGGAAUGAGCAGGAUGAAGACGAGGAUGGCGAGUAUCCUUGUACGUCUUGCGAUCAGGUCUUUAGCUCUAAAGCUGCGCUGCAUGCGCAUGAGGAAGUCCACGAGGAAGUGCCUGAAGGAGUUCAUCAACCAGCCGACACGUGCAGGUGUUGUAGUGUGUGCGCAGGUGGGAUUCCCCUCUCGCAGAUUCCAGAAGAUUGUGAAAAGAAAGUCUAUCACUGUGUGCCAUGUGCCGAGGCCUUCAUAGCCCUGGACACUUUUCUAGAGCACUGCCAGAAACAUCUGAUACGUGAGAAUCAAGAUGAAUUCAGUGAUGACUGAAAGAGCUUCCUUAAAAAAAAAAA